CAUGAUACAUUUUCUGGCAUAACCUGAAAAACAAGAACAAGAGAGAGAGAGAGAGAGACAAGCAAGGCACUGUAGGAGGAGGUUUCAGUAUAUGAUGAUAAAACCAGGAACAAAAGUUGAUAAGACGGAACCAAAGUUCACCUUGAGCACACCUGGAGAUGGGCACUCCUUUCCCUGACAGGGAUAGACAAGGUUCAGGGUUUCACAUAUGCUACAAAGCCAGAGUCCUCUCACCAACACAUGGAUGACAAGGAUUUGUUCUCGACUCGUGUUUUGAUGGAUUCAAGAUCAUUUCCCCCACUUUAUGACUGGAAUCAAGUUGGCUAAAUAUCAAGUAUUUGAUGAUCAUUUACAUAUACAGAACAGAGGAUUAAGAAUUUGGGAACGUGGAUGUUAAUUUUACUCUUCUUACUCAUAAAGCCUGAUGGAUCUGUGGCCUAGGAAGUUCAUUUUUCUGCUGUUGUUUUACUGUGGAUGUUCAGCCAUUGAUGAAGGGAAGCCAUACUUUAUCUCCAGGAAUUUCAACACGGUGCUCCACUGGAGAAAAGCAGACAGUCUUGGUGAAGAGGUCCUAUACAGUGUCCAGUACGCCAGAUAUGGUGAGGAAUACAAGCCGAAGCUUGGGUGCCAGAAAAUUACGGCUCUUUUGUGCGACCUCACUGCAGAGACUCCAUACAUCUAUUCCCACUCAUACCGCGCUCGGGUUUAUGCCAACGGUCACUUGUUGGGCCAAACAGUCAAUUUUAAUCCUCUCAGAGAAACUGUCCUUGGGCCACCAAUUGUGAGCGUGAUACCCACAAAAUCAUCCAUAAAAGUAACUGUCAUGCUACCACUGGGGCCAAACAAUAGGACUUCUAUUGAAGAGAUUUUCAACAGCACCAGCUUUUCCUACCACAUCCCUCCAACUAUUUAUACCUUAACCAUCACACACCCCAGCUGGGCGUCACAGGUACGUGAAACCAGAAAUGGAGAGUUUGUCAUUAACAAUCUGAGAAACAAUAACACUGAAUACUGUGGCUACGUGCACUACAAGCCAACCAAAGAACCGUACCGUCCUGCCAGUGAGAACCAGGCGUUCUGUGUGACGUUACCAGGUGAUAGAUGGCUGCUGAUUCCGUGGUUCCUCCUCUUUGUGUGUUUGCUACUUUGUUUCCUCCUUCCUGCACUGGUGGUGUUUUAUCAAUAUGUGAGGAAAACGAGCGACAUCCCAGAAACACUGAAACUAAGAAAAACCACCUCACCUCCAUCAUGGCACAUUCCAGAAGCCAUCAUCAUCUCCAUUGCUAAGCCAGACCCCAUGGCGUCCUCCUGCGAUGUUCAGAAGACUGAUGACAAUAAAGGAUCCAGACCAUACUUUCAACAGAAAGUCCAGCCCUGGCAUAGUAACAGCUACAAGGGCCAGCAGGGUCCACCCCCAGACUACUACAACGACAGCACUGAGUCAUCAGCCAAUUACAGCAUGGUCGUAGUGGAAGUCAACAACAACAAAGCGAAGGUGGAGAGGGAAUGUCAUCAGGAGAGAGAGGUCAACCCACCAUGGUCAGCUGACCCCAACAUCCGAAGUGACUGCAUGUCAAGCUGGGGUGAAAGAGGCCCAGACGGAUUUUCGUGUGGAGCGCUGCCAGAACCGGACGGGUGCCUACAAAAUAGUGACGUGGUGCCCAUUGUCCUCCCCACUUGUAGGCGUACGGACGGACAACUGCUGCUCUCCACUCUGCUGUUUCAGCCAGAGCCAAGGACAACCAUUGCCAGCUGGGCCGAUGCUGAGGGGCAGCCCCUUUUGCUGGACCCAGGCAGGACUCAGCAUGGGGUCCCGCUACUAUCUGACAUUGUCAUGAUGGAUAAGUCAGAGUGCUUUAACUAUGAUGCAGGGAAAGAGAACGAGGUAACAAGCUUUGAAAUUUCCUCAUAUGCUCCACAACAGACUUGGUUGAAUCAGCAGCAGAAUGGGGACAAAGAAGAAGGAAAGAGGCUGUGAAAUCUUUCUUGGAGGUUGGGUGGUACAAAUUCAAGGAUGAUUGAUUUUUGUUUUCUGUUCCCCCUGUUAAUUUUAAGGACCCCAUUAAGGGCCUCUGGGCAUGUGCUUUGAUCUAUUUGUGUCCCCAAAGUACAUCAGAGACAAGUUCAAUCCCAGCAAGCCUUCACAAAGUGAAGGGAAAAGUUGGAAGGAGUGUAGAGGGCUUUGGUGGAGCAGCAGUGUGGGGCUUUCACAGCCCCCUCUAUAUCUGCCAGGAAGGCUUGUGAUCCAGAAACAAGAGAUUCUACUCCAGCAUCCAUCACACAAGACCACUUCAUCCGACAAAAAAAAGGCUAAUGUUUCAGAUUAUAUCUAAAUUUGGAAAAAAAUCUAGUGCUGUAAAAUGUUAAAUCCAGUAUAUUGGACAAAACGCUGAACAUUUUAUUUUGCUAAAUAUAUUCUGACACUGUGACAGAUUUAGCAACAUUUCCAGCAAUAAUACCAGCAAUAAAUG